UCCCCCCACGCCCAUUCGGCGGAGACUUGCGUCGAGUCGUUUCCUGGCGCCGCGCCGAUGUCGACGUGCGUAGCGUCUGGGACAAACGGCAGCGCGUCGCGUUCUUCGAUUUAGUUUAUUCCUCUCAUCUUAUUUCGCGAGCAAGCAGCGGGCACGUGCGUCGACUCAACGGUGCCAGCCACAUCGGAACGACCGAGGAGAAAUCACCAUCGUCAGUGCGAAGAGUCCGAGCGCGGUUGUUUUUGCGUGGUCGUAGUAGUGGUUGCGGUGGUGUGGUCGUAAAGCGUGUGCGUGGUGUGUGUGUUCAAGCGCGACCCGAAGGCGGCGGGUGAGUGUCGUGGAAAGAAAAAGGCUGGCGGGGUCCGAUCAUCGGGGGUGUGGGUGCCUCGACUCUCUGUCGCGGCCCGGCGACGACGGCGUUUCGACGGGAGAGCAGUCCGCGGACAUGAACCACGGCGGACAGUUCUUCGACCACUGACAGACACGCAAGCGUCCCCCCGAAGUCGUCGUCGCCGCGCUAUGAUGCAGACGUCGAGCCAGCAUGAGGAACUCAAAGCCAUGGGAUACACGCCUUUCGAGGCGCAACUGGUAGCCGACACGGCCUCGGGUCUGGACGACAUCGUCGGUUCGGCCGAGAAGAAGCAAUCCGACGAGACCGGCAUGACGCUGGACGACAUUCUUCUGCAACAGCAGCAGCAGCAGCAACCCAAGAAGGUGCCGCCUCCGAAUGGCAAGAAGACCAAGGGACGCGUCAAAAUCAAGAUGGAAUUCAUCGACAACAAGCUGCGCCGGUACACGACGUUCAGCAAGCGGAAGACGGGUAUCAUGAAGAAGGCAUACGAAUUGUCCACGCUGACGGGCACCCAGGUGAUGUUACUGGUGGCAUCAGAGACGGGCCACGUCUACACGUUUGCCACGCGGAAGCUACAGCCGAUGAUCACGUCCGAUGCUGGCAAGGCCUUAAUCCAGACGUGCCUCAACUCGCCCGACCCACCUCAGGGAACAACAGGUCCACCAGGGCCGGGACCGGACCAGCGGAUGAGCGCCACGGGCUUUGAGGAGACAGACCUCACUUAUAGCGUCACGGAGGACAGUGAGAACAAGGACUCAAAGGCCCUGUUCAACAGCCUCCUCGGCGGGUGCCAAGAUGACAGCGAUAGUGAUGGUUCCAGUCCGGACUCGCCACCAUCCCCAAACAAGGGGGCGAGCACGAAUGGGUCGCCAUCACCAGCACUCAACUCGGUACUUAAUUCAGGUUCUGUGGUGUCUUCAGCCAGCAGUGUCACCAACCCUGCUGAUCUUGCACCCAUCUACCGCAUUGGUGGGCAGUCUGUCGUAUCACUAGCAGGUCCUGUCAGUGGAGGUGCGUCGAGUAGUGGCUGCAGCCCAGCCACGGUCACCGUGUUGCCCGGUUCCCAGUCGUCCCUGGGAACUCUCAUGUACCAGACGCCGCAGGGACUGCUCUACGCUGCCCCGCCGGGAGGCUCCUUGCCCGAAGCUUUGCUGCUGAACCUCAGCCAACCGGUCUCGCUCAAGGCAGAUGGAGACUGUCCCACACAGCAGUACAUCACAAUCCCAGUACCUGUGUCAAUGGCACAGCAACAGGCUAGCACAACAUCGUCAAGCUCAUCAUGCAAGAGAGAACGAACAGGGAAAUAGGCCAGAAAAUUCGAAGCUGAAGCAGAAACCGUGAAAGAGGUGUGCCGUCGUGAUUACGGCAACGGCUUCGUCUCUACAACGUAAAGGAUCAGAGAGCCAGCCUUGCACUAGCAGUGCCAUCAUGACAGUACCUGAGAAGAGCAAAAGCCAAAACAGCCGGCCAAACCUUUUUGCAUUCGGUCAGACUAUGACGACUGUGGAGCCUAUUUUGAAUGCCCAGACUGUUACUUGGACAGCAGUGGCAAUAAAUCUUUUAUGACACGUC